AUGUUCACCUCGCUACGUUCCGCCGUGGUGGCGGCUCUGGCAGUCGUCGCCCAAGUCCAGGCCGCGCCCCAGAGCAGCCCUGGCAACAAAACCACCUCCGACUCGGGAUCCAAGGCGUGCAACAACUCGCCCGAGCUCUGCAGCCGGCAGUACAACAACAUCACGCACAUGGGCGCGCACGACAGCUCCUUCCUGAGGGACGCCAGCACCGGCAACUCGAUAGCAGGGAACCAAUUCAAGAACGCCACGGCCGCCCUCAACGCCGGCAUCCGCCUGCUCCAGGCCCAGAUUCACAAACCGAACACCACGCUUGAGAUGUGCCACACGUCCUGCAGCCUCCUCGACGCCGGGCCCCUCGAGACGUGGCUCUCGGCCGUCAACGACUGGAUGACGGCGAACCCCAACGAAGUCGUCACCCUGCUGCUCGUCAACUCGGACAGCGCCCCCGCCUCCGACUUUGGCGCCGUCUUUGAGAGCUCGGGCAUCUCCAAGCUCGGCUACAAGCCGCAGACGACGAGUGCGACGACCAAUUGGCCCACCCUCGACAGCAUGAUUAGCCAGGGCACCCGCGUCGUGUCCUUCAUCACCAACAUGAACUACUCGGCCUCGACGCCGUACCUGCUGCCCGAGUUCGACUUUGUCUUCGAGACGCCAUUCGAGGUGACGCAGCUGACGGGUUUCAACUGCACCGUCGACCGUCCGUCGCGGGCCAGGCCGGCGACGACGGCCAUCUCCAAUGGCUGGAUGGGCCUAGUCAACCAUUUCAAGUACCAGAGCCUGGCCUCCAACAUCAUGGUGCCGGACGUGGACCGCAUCGACGUGGUCAACAGCGCCGCCACCACGGCCGACGGCAACCUCGGCAAGCACGUCCAGCAGUGCAAGUCGGAAUGGACCAAGGUGCCCAACUUUGUCCUGGUCGACUUCUGGGACAAGGGCGACCCCAUGGCCGCCGCCGACAGCCUCAACGGCAUCAGCAGCGCGACAGGCCGCAAGAACUCCAACAGCGAGACGUCGACGGGCAGCGCCACCAACGGUCGCAGCCUUGAGUACGGCGCGCUGUGGACCUUUUUGACGGCCGCUCUUCUGCUGCUGUAG